AUGUCUGCAGAGCCAGAUCAUGCCAAAGGCAAGCCCAAGCACAACCUCACUGACGCCUCCGGAGCGGAAAAGAAAGAAGUAAGAUACCCAGAUACAGGCAUCUCCACGCUCGGUAUUGACCACCGGACUCAGGAACUUGACACGUCCACAGCGAUCUUGAAGAAAAAGAAGAAGCCAAACUCGCUGAUCGUCACUGAUGCCACGAACGAUGACAACUCCAUCAUCGCUCUUUCGAACAAUACUAUGGACACGUUGCAGUUGUUCCGUGGCGACACAGUCCUUGUCAAGGGCAAGAAGCGGAAGGAUACUGUCUUGAUCGUGCUGGCAGAUGACGACCUGGAUGACGGAAGCGCACGUAUGAAUCGAGUCGUACGACACAAUCUUCGGGUAAAGCAUGGCGACAUCGUGACUGUUCAUCCCUGCCCUGAAAUCAAAUACGCCAAACGCAUUGCUGUUCUCCCUAUUGCCGAUACGGUCGAAGGCCUCACAGGCUCGCUUUUCGACGUUUUCCUUGCUCCUUACUUCCGCGAAGCCUAUCGACCUGUUCGACAGGGUGAUCUAUUCACAGUUCGAGCCAGUAUGAGACAGGUAGAGUUCAAGAUUGUGGAGGUCGACCCACCGGAGUACGGCAUCGUGGCUCAAGAUACUGUCAUACAUUGUGAAGGAGAACCCAUCCAGCGCGAAGAUGAGGAGGGUAACUUGAACGAGGUUGGGUACGACGAUAUCGGGGGCUGCCGCAAGCAAAUGGCGCAAAUUCGAGAACUAGUUGAGCUUCCUCUCCGACAUCCGCAGCUCUUCAAAUCGAUCGGUAUCAAGCCUCCGCGAGGUAUUCUCAUGUUCGGCCCACCUGGUACCGGUAAGACCCUGAUGGCCCGAGCUGUGGCAAACGAAACUGGCGCAUUCUUUUUCCUCAUCAACGGUCCCGAGAUUAUGUCCAAAAUGGCCGGGGAGUCGGAAUCGAACCUGCGCAAGGCUUUCGAAGAGGCUGAGAAGAACUCACCCGCUAUCAUCUUCAUCGACGAAAUUGAUUCCAUCGCUCCCAAACGUGAGAAGACUAAUGGUGAAGUCGAGCGACGUGUUGUUUCGCAACUUCUUACUCUGAUGGACGGUAUGAAAGCUCGCUCCAAUGUGGUUGUAAUGGCGGCAACCAACCGACCCAACUCCAUCGAUCCUGCUUUACGCCGAUUUGGACGAUUCGACCGUGAAGUGGACAUCAGCAUCCCUGACCCGACUGGACGUCUCGAAAUCCUGCAAAUCCACACCAAGAACAUGAAACUCGGUGAAGACGUUGAUCUCGAAUCCAUUGCUGCUGAAACUCAUGGUUAUGUUGGUUCUGAUAUUGCCUCCCUCUGUUCCGAAGCAGCGAUGCAGCAAAUUCGUGAGAAAAUGGACCUCAUCGACCUUGACGAGGACACAAUCGACGCUGAAGUCUUGGAUUCACUGGGAGUCACCAUGGAGAACUUCCGAUUCGCGCUUGGUGUCUCCAACCCCUCUGCGCUCCGCGAGGUUGCUGUUGUCGAGGUGCCCAACGUUCGUUGGGACGACAUUGGUGGCCUCGAGAAUGUCAAACGCGAGCUCAUUGAGAGUGUUCAAUAUCCUGUCGACCAUCCGGAGAAGUUCCUCAAGUUCGGCUUGUCACCCUCCCGUGGUGUUCUCUUCUACGGUCCGCCAGGUACUGGUAAGACUCUUCUUGCCAAAGCUGUGGCCAAUGAGUGUGCUGCAAACUUCAUCUCAGUCAAGGGUCCCGAGCUUCUGAGUAUGUGGUUUGGUGAGUCGGAAAGCAAUAUCCGAGAUAUCUUCGACAAGGCUCGUGCUGCAGCUCCUUGUGUGGUCUUCCUUGACGAGCUUGACUCUAUUGCCAAGUCUCGAGGUGGGUCAGUUGGUGACGCCGGUGGUGCCUCAGACCGUGUUGUCAACCAGCUUCUGACUGAAAUGGAUGGUAUGACCUCGAAGAAGAAUGUCUUCGUUAUUGGCGCAACCAAUCGACCAGAACAACUUGACAAUGCUCUAUGCCGACCUGGUCGUCUUGACACACUCGUCUACGUUCCAUUGCCCGACGAACCAUCCCGCGUUGGUAUCUUGAAGGCCCAGUUGCGCAAGACACCGGUUGCCGAUGAUGUUGACAUCAAUUACAUUGCAAGCAAGACACACGGCUUCUCUGGUGCCGAUCUUGGUUUCGUUACUCAGCGCGCGGUCAAACUAGCCAUUAAACAGUCAAUCGCAAUCGAUAUCGAGAAGACCAAGGAACGCGAGGCAGCGGGCGAGGAUGUCAAGAUGGAGGAAGACGAUGCCGAAGAUCCCGUUCCAGAGCUUACCAAGGCCCAUUUUGAAGAGGCUAUGCAACUGGCACGAAGAUCGGUCAGCGACGUUGAAGUUCGAAGAUACGAAGCUUUCGCCCAGAGCAUGAAGAACAGUGGCGGUAGCAACUUCUUCCGCUUCCCUACUGAAGAGCAGACCAACGCUGCUGCCGCUAAUGGUAAUGGCUUUGGAGAUGCUGGUGCGGAUGACAGUCUGUAUGACUGA